GCGGCGAGCUCCGUCCAAAAGAAAAUGGGGUUUGGUGUAAAUCUGGGGGUGUAAUGUUAUCAUAUAUCACGCUACCUCGUAAAACCGACACUGAAAGCUGCCGGACAACAAAUCACAGGUCAAAAUUAUGAGUUCUUCGUAUUAUGUGAACGCGCUUUUUAGCAAAUAUACGGCGGGGGCUUCUCUCUUCCAAAAUGCCGAGCCGACUUCUUGCUCCUUUGCACCCAACUCGCAGAGAAGCGGCUACGGGCCGGGCGCCGGCGCCUUCGCCUCCACCGUGCCGGGCUUAUACAAUGUCAACAGCCCCCUUUAUCAGAGCCCUUUCGCGUCGGGCUACGGCCUGGGCGCCGACGCCUACAACCUGCCCUGCGCCUCCUACGACCAAAACAUCCCCGGGCUCUGCAGUGACCUCGCCAAAGGCGCCUGCGACAAGGCGGACGAGGGCGUGCUGCACGGCCCGGCCGAGGCCAGUUUCCGCAUCUACCCCUGGAUGCGCAGUUCAGGACCCGAUAGAAAGCGGGGACGCCAGACCUACACGCGCUACCAGACACUGGAGCUGGAGAAGGAAUUCCACUUUAACCGCUACCUGACACGGCGCCGCCGCAUCGAGAUCGCCCACGCGCUCUGCCUCACCGAGCGCCAGAUCAAGAUCUGGUUCCAGAAUCGGCGCAUGAAAUGGAAGAAAGAGCAUAAAGAUGAGAGCCAGGCUCCCUCUGCGGCCCCCGAAGAAGUGGUGCCCUCCGUCUCCAAGGCAGCUACUGACAAGGCGGAUGAGGAGGAAGAGGAGGAAGAGGAAGAGGAAGAGGAGGAGGAGGAAUAAAGGGCCAGGAACAGGGCCAUUACUGCACGGGACAGUCGGAAAAGCAUCUUUAAGAGACUCACUGAUUUUAGUUACAAAAAUGGGGGGAAAUAAAGUGUAAAAAAAGAGAGAGAGAAAGAGGGAAUCAGUCCCCACCCUCAUCCCACCCACCCCAUCACCCACUCUAGCUCCCAGAGGGAAAGUAGGUCACCUUGGGGACCCUCUCUGCCUCUGAGGACCUCAGUAGAUACCCCCAACCCUGGGCCAGUGUUGUGCUCUGGCACAGUCAAAAUACUACCUAGCACAGGCCUCCUUGAGAGGCACCCCCAAACUACCUAUGGGCCCAACCCAGUGGGUCGCACUCCUAAGAAGCUCCCUCCACAUCCUUACAGUGGCAGACACCCAGCACCUGCCCCACCAACCCCUGCAAAACACGUGACCAGUACUACCUACUAGGCCUAAACUACCUAUUUCGUGCUGGCUAGCUUUUCUGCUUCACUGUGCCCACUCUUCCCAGGCCAGGACUUGAUGCUUCUAGCUGACAGUCUUUGGGGUCACUGAGGCUUCAAUGACAAGGCAAUGAGGUUCAGGGACCAGGGCAUUGGCUUCUAUUUAAAUUGAAAAAUAAUAUAUUUAUUCCAAAGCUUACCAAAUGCUGCAACCUAGAAUCCCUCUUUCUUUGGCUUUGGCACCUCAAGUUCAGGGCCAUUACCCCUGUUUCUGGAGGGGAGCAUUCCUGAGCUGGCUGCAGACCAGCUUUUGUGGGACUAAGGAGAUUGUUCCCAGCCUCACUGUUCCCUCCCUUGCUUCUGUGUCCUACUGUUCAGCCAUGUAUACUUAUGCCCUGACUUUUCCUACCUAGGACAAAUACUGUAUAUUUGAACCAGAUUUUUUUUUGGUCAUUUCUAUAAUCUUGGAGAUCAUUUGUAAAGGAAUGUCUUGACUUGGGAAGGAUGUUUUAAUGGAGUGACUUUGUAGCAUGGUGUGUUGUGUUGAACUAAUUCUGUUGUGGACGGGAGGGGUCUAAUGCCCACCCCAGUGCCCAUUUUUUCCCGUGUUGUCCCAUGUCCCCCUUAGACCCAGCCUGGGGUUCAGGGAAGGCGUGCUUCCCAGCCCAGUUACCUAUGUUUUAUGUAACAAUAAAAA